AUGUAAUGAUUGUCCAAAUAUAAGCACCAUCUCAUAAUUCAUUGAAUUACCUUUUACAAAAAUGAUUAAAAAUCUUAGCCACCUUCCCCUUCCUCUAAUUAAACAAUCAAUCAAUUCCCCAUCUUUUUAAUACACACACACACACACAUCCACUUUCUCUCUCUAAAAAAACACACACUCACUCACUCUCUCCUAAACCAGUCUACUUAAUAAACCUACCCCCUACUUCGUCUCCCUCAUUUUCUCUCUUCUGAGAGGGAGAAGUUACACGAAUAAGCCCCUUAAAAAGAGAGAGAUAUAUAGAGAGAGAGAGAGAGAGAGAGAGAGAGAGAGGUAAUCCGCCAUGGACAAAUACGAAGCAACUAAAGUAGUGAUGACAAGGAUCCAGAGUUUGGAUCCGGAAAACGCAUCGAAAAUAAUGGGUUACAUACUGAUACAAGACAAAGGGGAGAAAGAGAUGAUUAGGUUAGCUUUUCUCCCUGAACCACUUCUUCUCUCUUGCAUCGAAAAAGCUAAGGCGUGUUUGGGUAUCUCUUCUUCAAACCCUUUCCCACUAAAUACUCCCAGAAUCUUGAUACCCAACAAUGGCUUCCGUAAUUUCAGCAACCCUUCUUCCCCCGCCGCCGCUUUUCAGGUAAACAGUCCCCGGCCGUUUUCCUACGCCGCUGCUCUCAACGGCUCUACUGCUGCUGCUGGUGGUGAGAAUGGCUCCGGUUCGCCGGGUGUGCAUUUUUACGGCGGGGAUGAGUUCGGUAGCGAGUUCUCCGGUGGUGGUCGGCAAGUUCAGGAUCGGUUGUCGUUCUUGGACGAUCCAAUGUCGGAUCCGGUUAUGAGCCCGGGUGGGAUGAGUGAUUCGCUGGUUUUUCCUUACGGUGAGGAUGCCAACGGCGUUCCGUCGCCGCACCCGUUUCACCGGCGGAGCUGUUCGGUGAACGACGCCGCGUUUCUCUCUAAUAUUCUUGAAGACGGCGGCGGCGCCAACGGAUUUGGGUGGCGGCCUUGCAUGUAUUUUGCUAGGGGUUUCUGCAAGAAUGGAAGUAGCUGCAAGUUCUUGCACGUUGAUAUUGCCGCCGCCGCCGCCUGCGGCGGCGGCGGUGGUGGUGAAGGAAUUGAGUUGGGUUCUCCGGGCUAUAAUAAUUCUGGGUUUGAUGAAUUGCUGAGAAUGAAAGCUCUUCAGCAGCAGAGGUUUGCUGCCAUGGCGGCGGCUGGUGGCGGUGGUGGUGGUGGCCACCACUCAUUUGGCUACAACAAGUGCAUGGAUUUUCUGAAUGAGAAUCCUAGAUCUGCGCUAAUGAUGGGCGACGAAUCACACAAAUUUAAUCGGUUUCGACCCGACAGAAACGACUUCUCAAUGAUGGCGAAUUCGAGCGCCCGUCAGAUUUACUUGACAUUUCCAGCCGAUAGUUCGUUUAAAGAAGACGAUGUUUCUAACUACUUUAGUAUCUUCGGACCGGUGCAAGAUGUUAGAAUUCCGUAUCAGCAGAAACGGAUGUUUGGUUUUGUGACGUUUGUGUUUUCGGAGACUGUUAAGCUCAUUUUAGCAAAAGGGAAUCCUCAUUUCGUGUGCGAUUCUCGUGUGCUCGUUAAACCUUACAAGGAGAAAGGAAAAGUCCCCGACAAGAAACAACACUUGGAGAGAGGGGAAUUUUCAUCUUGCUUAAGCCCUUCGGCAAUUGAUUCUCGAGAACACAUUGAUCUUCCCUUCGGUUCUAGAAUGUUGUUUAGUCCACAAGAAAUGAUGCUUAGGAGGAAAUUGGAGCAAGAGGCGGAAUUACAGCACGCUAUCGAAAUUCAAAGUCGAAGGAUGAUGAAUUUGCAACUAAUGGAAUUGAAACAAAAUCACCACCAUAAUAAUAUUCUUCAUCCGAGCUUUAUUUCCUCUCCGAGGCAGUCUCAGUUACCGAUUAAUCAAAACUUCACCAACGCUUCUGAUAGCUUUAAUCAAGAAAAUUCCGAAGCAAAAUUUGAUGGUAGCGAAGAGGCAGUUAAAUCUCCCGAUUUUGGUGGCGAUGAGAAGUUGGUGCUGGAAAAAAUCGAAUCUUUUACCACCAAUAAGCAGCACUGUCAUGUAAAUGGAGAUGUCUCUAAUUUCUCCGAAAGCUUCGAAGAUAUGCUCCCCGAAAAUCUUUUCGCGUCUCCUACAAAAGUAGCAGCCGAAAAUAACUCUGUAUUUUCCGAAGCUUCAUCAUCUACCGAUGAUAGUACCACGACACCUUUAACAAUCUCUAACAACAACAUGGCUUCUCUCAAAUCAUGUUACAUUCAAAUGCCGAGGUUUUCGUCCGGGCAAGAAGCCAUUGAAAUGUAGGUGGCUAGCUAGCAAAGCAAAAGACUUUAACUUAUAGCUUUUGAAAAGUUCGAGUAGCAUAUAUACAACGAGGAAAUAAAUCGAAGUCGUCUAGGUGUAUAGCCGAAAAAACAACCAUACAACACUCCCCCAACAACAGAAGAAAAGAGAAGUGUAAGGAAAAACAAAAAAUCUCAAUCAAGAUUAUUACUACUACUAUUAUUAUUAAUAAUAAUUAAUAAUAUUAUUAUUAUUAUUGUCAUCAACAAUACCAUACUUACUACUUACAACAACAAUACAUAAAUGCAGACAGAUGAGAACUGAUUUAUGAGAGUCGUCUCUCUCUCUCUCUCUCUCUCUCUCUCUCUCUACUCUCUCUCUCUUCUCUAUCUUGUUCAUUUUGUACAAUAUGUAGUUGUGUGCAGGACCACACAGUAGAACAAAAGCUCAUAUAUAUAUAAUGACAAUUUUACCCUUUUUCUUAUCUUUUUUUUUUAUUUUUUAUUUUUUUACAUUAUUAUUUGUGGAUGUAAAAAUAAAUUUGUAAAUUAGAAUAAUUAGUCAUGUUGACAUAGAAGAGAGGAAUAUAUGUGUAUGUAUGAAGAAAAAGAAAAAGGUGUGUUCUUUUGUGAUAUUUCAUUAAAGGCCAACUUUUUAA